GAAACAAGAAUAGUCCAGAAAAAGAAUUUGGAUGUAUGUUGUACUCAUAGCUAAUAUUAUUCAGAUUCAUACAGGCUGUUCUACUGAAGAUGACUGUAAAACAGAACAAAAGAAUGAGUCUGUACCCCUGCAAAUUCCAAGUAGUAAAAAGACGCUUUUACUGGACAUAUUUCAAGGGGAAAGCUCUCAUGCACAUGCUUUCCUAUUUGGCUCGGAAUUUGUCAGCGUUGAUGAUCAGGGGAGGGUUAUAGUCUCAUCUGUUGCCCAACUUUUUUCAAAAGAAACUUUGGUUUCUAAAUUUACAAGCACCAGAUUAUUUGAAAAGUUCAACCUGCUAGAAAAAGAUUCCCUUCAUGGUAAGGUUUCAGGGAAUGAGCUGGAGGAAAAGACUGCUGGAGUAAAAGGCAUUUCUGCUACUCAGACAAGUGCAGAAACAAUUAAUUUGGAAGUAUCAAGAAUCUGUGAGUCUAAUGCACAGCAACAGAAGAUAUUUGAUCUCUGCGAAAAGAAUAUUCAAAGUCCAGAUCACAAGGUAAAACCAGAAGGUAAGAACAUCAGUGAGAGUCUGGAAGUUCAAAUUUGUGGGACGCCAAUAGUAGCCUAUGAGCCAGACAAAGAGUUUGGAGAUAUGGAGCUUAGUCCACGUCUAACCAACUUUAGUGAUAUCGAGUUUGUCCCGGAAUCUCCUAUAACUGAUGGGGUGUCAAAGGAUGAAGGUGCACAGUUCAUGGUUAAAGACCUUGUUUCAACACCAAAAGAAUUGUCAGAACAGAAUGAAAAGACUGCGGGUGGCAUUAGCACCUUUGGAAAAGAUAACACAAUGUCAACUCCUAUACAAAACAUUCAGCAUAAUGAACCGAGAAGUUGCAAGUACACUUGUCUAAUUGCUGAAGAUAAUCAAACUCCUAUGGCAAAAUUAUCAAGCAAAAGCUGUAGCGAAGAUUGGCAACUUGGCUCUACAGACAACUCAGAGAGCGUUGGACAAAAACCGAAGUUUAGAAGAUUGCGCAAACACGGUGAUCUUCCUAGAAGAAAACCACCAGACAAGCAAAAAACUGGUACUUCCAGAAAACGAACAGCUCUUUGUGGCACUGACAGUCAUACUGGUUUCAAGCAUGGAAGAGCUAUAGGUGAGAAACGGCAGCCAAACAUUGUUACAGACUUCAUUGAAGAGGAAGCUGAGUAAGUUCAUAAUUUUUUUUUGAUAAGGUAAAUUGUAUUAAUCAAAAGGGAGAGAACUUCCGUGUACACAAAGUAUACCAAAGACGUAGAGAAUUUACAUCAGAACAUGAUUCUCUACAAAAGACGCCCAAUCUUCUAUACAAGUAGGGGCUAAGUGAGUGCACCAAAAAGCGAUCAAAGAUAAAAGACUAUUCUUAAGAUGUGAAAAAGGAGACUCAAUCUCCUCAAAAGCUCUCCUAUUUCUCUCCCCCCAUACUACCUACAUGAGAGCUAACGGAGCGAAUUUCCACGCCUUUUGCUUUCUUCUUCUA